ACAGAUUGACAGAUAAAAUCUUAUUGUGCAUUUAUAUAUAAAUGUGUGAUACAUAAGAAAUCCAUUGUCGCUAUUAGAAAAAGUAAGAGUAUUUCAUUUGUGUGAAAGAUCACAAUAUACUGCACACCUGAAUGUCCUGAUAAGAGUUCAGGUAAGUCCUGGGGGAGGAGGAAAAGGAAGGCGGAGAUUAUUCUUCACUGGUAGUCCCCAGAAGUUAAACAAUUUAACGAUCGGUGGAAACGACGACACAGAACUGGGAAAAGUAAUAUAAAUCAUAUUCACAGAACAAGUGGAUUAAUACCGUAGGAAAAAAAUGGGAUCAAGAAAAAAGGGAGAUAGGUGGUUCAUUUACUGACGUAAGCUUUGGAAUAUAUAAAAUAUGGACAGAUGCCUUUAUUAAUUGUACGGGAAUAUAAUACUAAUCGAUACCUGGAUUAAGUGUAAAGUUCGUCGUUUCAAACGUGAGUUCGCCGGAAGCGGGCGUCGGGCGUUUUUACUAAGGCUUGGGAUCCAACAGUGUCAUGCGGAUGGACCAAGACACACAGUGGCUCUACCAGCUCCUGGCCGAAGUGCAACUGGAGCAGUAUUAUGUGCGUGUGCGAGAUGGCCUCAACAUCACCAGGAUAGAGCACUUUGCCUACGUCAAGGACGCAGACCUCGAACAGAUUGGCAUUGGGAAGCCUGGGCAGAGAAGAUUAUGGGAAGCUGUCAAACGCUACAAGACUAGCAAUCGUCUGCGGUCAUGGUUACCCAAGGUGUUUGCUGGUCCUGGCGCAGACCCCGGUGGAGACAGGAGUGGGGCAGCACAGGGCGCCAGAAUGACGAAGUCCUUCACCUGCCUGAUUCAGGACAGCGAGUUGAUGCUGGCUGAAAAACUGGGGUCUGGCUCCUUUGGUGUCGUGAGGAAGGGCAGGUGGCAGACGCCCACUGGCCACAUUCUACCCGUGGCAGUGAAAUCCUUGAAAACUGGCCCAUCCGAGCAGGCGGACACCCUGAAUGACUUUAUGCAGGAGGUGACCAUCAUGCAGACCCUGGACCAUCCCAACCUCAUCCGUCUGUAUGGCGUGGUCCUCACGCAUCCCCUGAAGAUGGUGACAGAGCUGGCCCCACUGGGCGCACUGUACGACACACUGCGGCUGCGGCGGAACGAGUUCCCGUUGUCGCGCCUGUGGCUGUUUGCAACGCAGAUUGCUUCGGGCAUGGAGUACCUGGAGAGCCGGCACUUCAUCCACCGUGACCUGGCGGCCCGCAACGUGCUCUUGGCCAGCCGUGAGCUCGUCAAGAUCGGUGACUUCGGCCUCAUGCGCGUCCUCUCCGAGAACGACCACUACCUCAUGAACGCCCACCGGCGCAUCCCGUUCGCCUGGUGUGCCCCAGAGAGUUUACGAACAGGCUACUUCACUCAUUCCUCGGACGUGUGGAUGUUUGGAGUCACGAUAUGGGAGAUGUUCACCUACUGUGAGGAGCCCUGGUUUGGUCUGACAGGCCGGCAGAUACUGUGGCGCGUAGAGCGAGAGGGGGAACGCUUGGAGAGACCUCAAGACUGUCCCCAGGAACUGUACUCUGUCAUGCGCAAGUGCUGGGCUUGCAAUCCCGCUGACCGGCCUACCUUCUCUCAAGUCAGUGUGCUGGUGACUGAGGCUCAGCCGAGGGAGGUGCGCGCUGUGAAAGACUUCGCCGAGCCCAGGAAGUUGGCUCUGCAGACCAAUGACCUGGUGACACUCAUAGAUCACGGAGUGGAGCUCCACGAGUGGAAAGGGCAAAACCAAAAGACAUUGAGUGUGGGCUGGUUCUUGCCAAGCGUGACCAUGCUGGUCACAGGGCCCACCUUGAUCUCUGCUCCUCUGAAGGGUGGUCUGCAGCACAAGGGUCAUGGAGACGUCAAACCAGAGAAGAGCUGGGCUUCCCCAGAUCGCCUGAAUGGGUUCGUUUCCCUUCCGGUACUGAUUGGCUGUAGUAUCUACAGGUCUUCAAACUGUCUCAGUGCUGGGGCAUCUAAGGACCGAGGCAAGGAGAAGUCCAACUUACAAAGACUGGCAGGCCUCUCGAAAAGUUUGGAGACGGUGCUGAGCUUCUCACCGGCUGACAACCCCCGGGUCCCAGCUUCUUCCAAACCUUCGCUCCAGUCCAUGUUGGACCCCCGGCGGUUCAGUGACGCCAACAUCACGCCUCCCCCACGCCCUCCGCUCCCCAACUGCCUACGGCCAAGGAACCAAGUCAACAAUCGGAAGCCCAAUGGGAAUCAAGGCCCUGGGCCGUGGCUGCAACCACAACCGCAGCAGCUACCACAACCGCUACAGCAACAACCACAACUGCAUCAGCUACCACAACCGCUACAGCAACAACCACAACUGCAGCAGCUACCACAACCGCUACAGCAACAACCACAACUGCAGCAGCAGCCCACGAGCACCAGUAGUGCGGUCAAGACGAGUCACAUGUGCCAGUCCACCUCACGGCUGGACGAGAGGGAGCAACCAGCUAGGUCUACUGUGAUGGCCCAGUUGCAGGAGGCGGUGCACGGUGUGACCUAUGAGGAGGUGGCUAACGCGCUGCGCCAGAACGACUGGAAUCCAGUAAAGGCGGAGCAGCAGCUGAAGGUUGAGCAGCUCUACUUCAUGAAUCUGUGCUCCCGAGACGACUGUGUCAACAUCCUCACUCGCUACCAAUGGGACCUGCAGCAGGCCAGUCGCUAUGUGCUGAAGUUGGCAGGAGUAGCAGGAGGAGGAGGAACGGGCAGCGCUGGAGGAGGCCGCGGAGGCGUCGACAGGUCUCCCCGGAGGGACUGGGAAUUUGACAGGAGCUGAGGCAUUUGUGGGGCCACUGACAGCGUUGAAGACAGGAGGUCUGAAGAAGGAUGAGCCAGAGCGAGAGAGGAAGGCGAGGAGGUUCACAGGCUGACAGGGACACCCCCAGAAAAGGGCUCCCAGCCUCAGAUCCGUGUCUUCUGGGGCUCGAGUUCCACUCGCCGUGUUUGUGAGGAAAGGGCGUGGCUGUCUCUCAGCCCCCCGGGGUGUCAGAGUUUCCAUGGUGAAUGUCAUGGGACGUUGCCAGAUUUGUAUUUUACUUCGUAUCACGGCUCAGAAAUGUUGAACAUUCUGUUUGCCUUUAGGUCUCUAAAUGUUUACAGUCGUCCCAUGAAACUAUUUAUGUAGCACCUUUUAAAUAAUUUCCUUUGUAACUGUAAACUUUUUUUUUUUGUGCAUAGCCUGUCUAUGCACAAAUCCUAGCCUCCCCUCGGUGUGGCCGUCUCUCUCCUCCAGGUGCUCCUGCUGUAUCCUCGGUCUAUGACGAGCCGUUUUAUGGCUGUGGUCACACGGCCGGUUGUGGCAGAGGCAGUCUGCACUUUGGAACCAAAGUCAGUGCCAUCCAGUUCCCAUGGCGACAACAGGCAUGUUCGUGGUCAUAAGUGGGGGGAGAGAACUUCCGCAGGCUGGAAUGCCGAGGAAGGGUCGCUAGAUAGAAACUCCUGGUGGACAAAUCCUGGCUGUGCGAGAAGUGGGUGGCGCAGGAACAAAAGGCGGAGGAGGAGCCUUUUGCGUUCAUGCCACAUGGAUACAUGCCAAGCUGAUGCUUUUUCCUGGGAGUGCGUGUCACCAUUGUCCAAGUAUGACUGUUUUUCCAAGCGCACCACCCUUCUUUGAAAGCAGGCUAGGCUUUACCGUAUCUGAAUGCUUUGUAAAUCCUGUCGUCUUUUUCAACUGUGUAUAGAGAAAAAGCAAUAAAAAUGCUCAGAAGACUUAAA